CAUCUUAAUAAAGUUUGUGGAAAAUUUUUUAGAAAAGGCGAGCUAAUUUAUAGAUGCUUAACUUGCUCAAUUGGUAUAACAAGAGCUUUAUGUCAAAACUGUUUCGAUCAAUCUUAUCACAAGGGCCAUAAUAUAAUCAUAAACACUUCCUCAAGAGACAAUUGUGGAAUAUGCGAUUGUGGUGACUCUAACUGUUGGAAACAUAACAUAUUGCCUCCCUGUAAAAUUAAUCAAGCCUAUCUAACCCAUUUGAAAUUUUCGAAUUAUAAAAACACCUUUAAUCAAUUAACCCUAAUUCCUUCUUUUAAAGCUCAUUUAUUAAGCAUUUUUGAAUGUCUACUAGAUUUUAUAAUAGAUGUAAUAGCUACUUCAAAUUCAACUUCUUUAAUCCCAAUUGACUUGGAUUUAAUUUUAAAUUUAAACAAUUCCUUAAACAUUAACGCCAAUUAUACCAUUGAUAUUUCAAACAACUCCUCUCUAUUAAAAGAUGUUUACAAUGAUACUGAUAAAAAUAUCUCAAAAUUUUAUCUUAUUCUUUAUAAUGACAAUUCAAAACAAUAUCAAAACGCUCUAAUAAAAUUGCAACAAGCUACUUUAAAAUUACCCGAGUUUAAUAAAAUGGUUUUAAACAAUCUAUCUAAAAAUGGCAGAUCCAUUGUUUUAGCUUCUCCCGAUUUAAAUUUUUUAAUAGAAAGAAAAAAAAUCUUAGAUGAAUAUAACUUAAAUUCAAUUGUCAAAUCUUUUAAAGAUUUUUUUAGAGAAGAAAUGGCUUUUGCUAUAGUAAAUUAUUUCAAAGAUUUAACUUCUGAUGCCUUUUUUGACGAUUUUUCAAUAAUAAGUCAACUUUUAUCAACCGCUCUACUAAAAAAAUGGAAUCCCGACAAUACUGCUAUUAACCCGGUUGCCAUAAAAUAUCCCUUUUUAGCUACUCUUGAUAAAAAUAAAAUUAGAAACUUAUUUUCCGUUUUACCAAAUUCUCCCAAUUCAAUAGAUAAUUCUCAUUGGAGUAUUUCAAAUCUGAAAGAUUGGAAUCUUGAUUUAGAAUUUUCAAAAGAAGUCCAAUAUGAUCCUUCUUUCACUUUACAUAACUAUCAAUCCUCUUUUAAUGGUUCGCGAUUUCAGUAUUUAGUAUAUUUUGACAUGAGACUAUGGAAAAAUUUUAGAUACAUUUUGCAUGAACUUUACAUCAAAUCCUGGAUGGUUUCAUCCAAUACAAAAUCUUUAAUAUGUUGUCAAUAUACUGAUAUAUACCCCAUUAUAGCUGAUUUAUACCUAAAUUUCGAUAGAGAUAUGGACUUCAGCACAAUGAAUAAGUUAUCUACUCAAUUAUUCUCAAACGAUAUUGAUUCGACUUUAAUUGCAGAACAUGGCGAUUUGACAAAUUUUUUAGCUGGCAUUUAUGGCCUAUUAACCACUGGUCAUAUUCAAACUUUUAAGUCUUUAAAUAUUAAAGAUCAUAUUUUUCCUCAAUCUUUGAGGAGCAGAAAAUGGAGUCAAUUAUUUAUUGAUUUUAAUUUUUUAAUUCAAAGCAACAGAAAUGUUGAAAUAUUUUUUGAAAAAAAUUUUCUUUACCAAUUAGUUGAUGUUGCAUUACUAUUUCAUGGUAUUCCUGUGAUUAAAAGAGAAGCAAAAGAACAUGUUGAGUAUGAAAAUCCAGAAUAUACCAUUUAUUACCACGCUUGCUUAAUAAUUUCUCAAUUAAUUGAGUCUAUCACCAGAUCUUCAACAAAAUUAGAUUCAGAAUUAAGACAUGAAACAUUGAAGACUGCUCUAGGUUAUUUAAUCUUGAGAUAUUCAGAUAUUUUAAAUAACCAAUAUGUGGGCAGCAAUAUGGAUCAAAAUGAUUUGCAAUUAACUUACAAUUAUAAGACUAUUAAAAUUGAUCCAUUUGUAGAAGAUGAUGAUGAUUAUUAUAAUGAUAAUAAGGUUAGUUUUUUGCAUCCGUUAUUUUCAUUUAUGAGUUGGGUUAUUGAAUACGCUGAUUUCGAUGAUCCUGUUAAAAUCAAUAACAUUAUUUACAGCAAUGGUGCUAAUGAUCCAUAUAUUUUUUCAAAAAUUGCCGAUUAUUCAUUAAGAACUGUUGUUUUGAUUGCUCAAAUUAAAUGUAAUCAUUGGGUUAGAAAUGGGUUUACUGUUCGCAGCCAAAUGAAUUCAUACAUAAGUAGUGGUUUCAAAGAAUAUUGUUUUUCUAGAGAUUUAUAUUUGAUAAGGGUUUUUGCAAUGUUAGAUGAGCCAGAUGUUGUGGUUUCUACUAUUUUUGAUCGUUGGUGCUUGAUUGAAUGGGCAAAAGGCGAUCAUAAUUUUGUUGAUGUAUACGAAGCAUCUAAACUACCUUAUAUCGUUGAAGAAUGUCUUGUGUUUUUUAUCCAAUUAUUAAUAGAAAGAAAUCACAUAAACUACAAUUCACUUCAAGAUAUCAAUGAUAAAGAGAAAGAGAAAAUUUUGUGCGAGUAUAUCAAACGUGAAUUAAUUCAUAUUCUAUGUUUUAAGCCGUUAAUUUAUUCAAAAAUUGUCAGUUUUUUCCCUGAUAACAUUGUUACAGAUAAAAAGUUUUUAGAUGUUUUGAAAAAAAUAUCAACGUUUAUACCUCCAACAACUACAGCUUUUGGUUCAUACAAAUUAAAAGAAAAAUACUAUAAUGAGCUUGAUCCAUAUCAUUCUUACACUCAAAAAUAUGAAACAGAAAAGAUUUAUAAAGAAAAAAUGGCCAAAAAAUUAGGAAUUUCUCCAGAAAAAGUCGUGAUAACUCCAAAAUUAGAAAAACUAAAUUCUUUAUUUAUUGAUUUUCCUAGGUUUACUAUAUCUUCACUAUUUUUUGAAUUUUUGUUCAGCUCCUUGCAUUUUUGUACUCAAAAUUCGUUGGAAGAACUGAAUGGAAACAAGUCGGAAAACGAUCUUGUAGUUCGAAAUAACGUCGAUGGAAUUCUAAAUGCAACAUUGCAUUUAAUUCAUAUAUGUGCGUUGGAGAAUCACCAUUACUACAAUAAUAGUUUUGUCGAAUGUUGCUUUAAAAAUUUACACAAAGUCAAAGUGGAUAACACUGAAAUUUCUAAUGAUUGUCUUGCCUCAGUACUUUAUUGUUUGCUAGUUUCUCUGACAUAUUCAGCAUACCAUUCAAAAAUCAGAGCUAUAUUUAAAGUUUUCAUCAAUGAAUCAGAAAGUAAGAAAGUCUUGGAUUUUUUAAAUCGAACAUUUGAUGGUUUUGACCCAAGCAUACUUGAUUUAGAGCCUGUCGAUCCUUCUGGGGCAUCAGAAAACGAACGGAAAAAGAAGAUCGCCGCUGCAAGAAAAGCAAAAGUUUUAGCUGCUUUCAAGAGAAAUCAAAAUAAAUUUAUGGCUAAUAAUCAAAAAGAUAUGAAAAAUUUCAGUAAAGGCAACAAAAGAAGGUCAAGCAAAUCAUCGCAUUUAAAUUUGAGUUCCAACCAAGAAGGGUGGAAUUUUCCUGAAGAAUGUUGCAUAUUAUGUCAAAUGUCAGACAAACCAAAUGAUGUGUUUGGUGUAAUGGGUUAUAUAUCAGAAACAUCAAUUUUCAGAAAUGUACCAUUUAAUGAUAAAUACUGGUUUUUUCUGGGAUUUUCCGGGACUUUAAAUUUGGAUGAGCAACAAAGCGACAAAGAUUUUUUUGAUAAUCCAGAUAGGGUCAGCAAGUAUCUCAAAUUAAUUGAAAAUAAAAGUGUAGUUGGCCCUGGCUUUCCAACAGAGUUUUGCGAAAUUAAAUCAAAACAGAUUUUUUCAAGCUGUGGUCAUGGUGUUCAUUUUUCAUGUUUUGAUGAUUAUAUUUCAUCAUCAAAGGAUCGUCAAAGUUUAAUAACAAAAACCAUCCCAGAAAACGCAGCAAACAAAGAAUUUCUUUGUCCAUUAUGUAAAUCAAUCAACAACAUGAUAAUACCAGUGUUUUGGAAUAAAAAUUCUAGGUCAUUAACCAAAUUUUUGGAGUUUUCAGAAAAUAAGACUAAUAAAAUAGAAGAAACAAAAGAUAAAACAUAUGAUUUAUUUGAAGGUUUAAAGAGCUUUCAAGAUGUAGAAACAAUAAAAAAAAAAUUAAAUAAAAGCGGAAUAAAAGAUUUCAAACAAGAUAUAACAAUGGAAAUUUUUAAAGAAGAAAACUGCUUAAGCAACAAUUAUAAAGAGAUUUUUCUCGAAGAUAAAAAUAAGGUCAAAAGGGAGAAGUUGAAAAAAUUGAUUGAAAAAAUAAACAAAGCAAUUUCAGUGAUAACAAUGACAUUUUCAGAUGAUUCGCUAAACGAAUUAAUUUGCAAUACAAUAUCCAGCAUUGAAAUUUCAUUAAGAGGAUUUGGUAUUUUGGAUUCGAAUGGAGGUGGAAGUUUUCCGGGCUCUGGAGAUUCAAUUAAUCUAAAAAAGAAUAUAAAAUUAGUACCACAUCAAAUCUCACAUCAAAAUUUGACAUCGUUGAGAUUAUUAAAUAAAAAUAAAAACAAAAAUAAAACAAUUUUAAUUAGCGAUAAAAUCAUGUCAGUUGGUAAAAAUAGAGAUUAUUUAAAAAUAAUUAAUAAUUUCAGAAAAAUUAGUUCAAAUUCUGAAAUAUUUCAUCAGAUUUUAGAUAACCAAAAUUUUUUUAAAAGAUUAAUAUCAACUAUACAAAUGAAAGUUUAUAAUAUUCCAUUUAAAAUUGUUAUCCGUGUAUUUUUUAUGUGCGAAAUUUUCCAAAUAUUGUUAAAAGUUAUUUUUAAUUUAAUCAAUAAUUUUGAUCUUUUAAGUUUUAAUGAUAAAAAACCAAGAGCUUAUAAUGUUAGAGAUGAAUUCAUUUCCGAUUUUGAUUUUAGAGAAUAUUUGAACAAUUUUGAAAGUGAGAAUGAAAGACAAUCCGAGAGAAUGGUUGAUAAUUUAAAGAUUAAAGAAGAAACAUUUUACAUUCUAUUAAUCAAGUGUUUGUUGCCGUUUUUAAGACGUUCAUCGAUAUAUGUUUUCAUCAAAUGCCCAAAUGAUGAAGAUAAUGAAAAGAAAGAGAUUGAUAAGUUAUGUGAAUAUUUGAAAAUACCAAAAAUUGAGGAAAUGUUGGGGAUAAUUGACGAUGAAAAUACAUUUGAAGGGGAGAAAUUUCAAGAAUUUUUGAAAUAUUUGGAAAGAUAUUCCAAUUUAAACCUAAGAACGUUUCGAUUCAAUCAACAUUUCAAUGAAUAUGAUGAAUUUUUGAAUAUUGAAUUCCCAAAUCGAUAUAAACUAAUCAAUUUACCCAAGAAGUUAGAUAGGAUUUACUCGCAAUUUUUGUAUAAAAGGUUUGAAGAUUAUUCGAUUGUUCCGGCUAUUUGUUUAUUUUGCAAUAAAGUAUUAAUGGUUCAAGAAGAAAGCGUUGACCAUGAAGAAGGAGAAUGUUCAGUUCAUUAUCAAUUUGACUGUGUUAAAAAAUGCGGACUAUUCUUUUUACCUAAAAACCUUGCAUUUUUGAUUUUAGUGGAUGGGAUGGGGACAUUUAUGGAAACACCAUAUUUGGAUGAACAUGGCGAAAUAAACAAAGAGAUCAAUAUUCGAAGAGGAAACCGGCUAGUUCUAAGUGAAGAAAAAUACAAUAAUUUCAUGAAAGACGUUUGGUUAGAUCACAAUGAGAAGAAAUUUAUUACAAGAAAAGUGGAAAACACUACAGAUAUUGGUGGAUGGGAAACUCUAUAG